AUUCGCUCAAUUCGACCCCGCUGCGGUAGGCGAGCGCUGCGAUGGGGAGUCGCGCUGCUCUGUUCCUCCCCAAACUGCGUAAAAGGUGGCAUCUUUCUCGUCUCCGCCUCCAUUGCUCUCCUCCUCCCCUUCGUUCCUGGUCCCCUGUUUCCCCUCUCGAUUCGUUACGUACUUGGUUUGUCGCGCGGAGCUUGAGUUAUGCCUCGGUCAAUUUCGUGCUCUCCAAAGACAGGUCUCCUGUUGUCUCUCUCGGUCCGUUCCACGUUCGUUGGGUUAAGCGGAGCUUGAGCCACGGCUCGGUCAACCUCGUCCUCAACGACGGGAAGCCGCGGUUCGAGACCCACGAGAUCGAGCAGCCCAAGAAGGGGAAGUACCGGACGAAGAAGAGGCUGAAGCUGCAGCGGAAGCGGGAGAGGCGGAAGAGGAGGGAGGCGAGCAAGACGGACCCGCGAAGAAUCCGGCCCAAGGGCAAGAAGAAUAAGGUGAGGUUCCCCACCGCGGAGGACCGGAUCAAGUAUAAGAUGGAGAAGGCCAAAAUUAAGGAAGCCUUGCUGGUUGAAAAGCUAAAGAAAUAUGAAAUUUCGAAAGUUGAAGGUCCAGAGAUCAAACCACAAGUCUUGACUGGGGAGGAACGCUUUUACUUGAAAAAAAUGGCCCAAAAGAAGUCCAAUUAUGUACCUAUCGGAAGGCGAGGCAUCUUUGGAGGUGUAAUAUUGAACAUGCAUUUGCACUGGAAAAAACAUGAAACAGUUAAAGUCAUCUGCAGGCCAUGUAAAACAGGCCAAGUUCAUGAAUAUGCAAAAGAAUUAGCAAGACUGAGUGGUGGGAUACCAAUCCAAAUUAUUGGCAGCGACACAAUAAUAUUUUAUCGGGGAAAGAACUAUGUUCAACCAGAAGUUAUGUCACCCAUUGAUACACUGUCCAAGAAGAAAGCACUUGAAAAGUCCAAAUAUGAACAAUCAUUGGACACAGUAAGGCACUUUAUUGCAAUAUCUGAGAAGGAACUUGAACUUUAUUACAGACAUGUUGCACUCUAUGGUGACCCAAACUUUCGGAACGCAGAUUUGGUUUAUGGGGAUGGAAAACAAGGGCCCCAAGCGAGGAUAUCAGAAAUGCCACCUUCAACUGAGAACAUAAGUAUCAACUCAACCAGUCAUGAUGCUUCUGCAAGUCUAUUUGAUGAAGAAAAUUUCUCUUCAACUGGUGAUGAUGACAUGUCUGAUGAUAACUCUGAUGAUGAAAUUUGCUCAUCAGCUAGUGAUGAUAUGUCUGAACAUUUUUGCGAUGAAGAAAGUGUCUGUUUGUCUCAUGACAAUUCAGCUACAUCUCUUUCAGAAGCGGAGUCUGAUUCUGAUGGCGGACAACUCGGGGCAGUUGAAAUUGACUCUGAAGGAGAACCAGUGUUGGAUUUCGAAGUGAAUUCGGAAGAUGAAGAAAACACUGCAUGCUAGACUCUUUGAGGCUUUCACUGGGAGAAGAAAAGAAAAGUGAGAUAAUUGAGUUUAAGCAACAAACCACUGCAAGUCUUGACCAGAAAGUAAAUAUUUGAGGCCAGCUACAUAGAAAGUGAUGCUCCUCUUUUUUGUGUUUUCGAGCUUGCGUCCAGCUAUGGAAAGAUAUGCUAUACAUCAUGGGAACAAAGCUUUUUUUUUUGUUAAAAUGGUGAUAUCUCAAUCUUUCACAGCUACUGAAGCCUUGGAUUUUCUUGCAAUGAAUUUAAGAAAUGUGCUACAUUUUCAUAUCA